UCGAUGAUAGUGAUUGUAGCCACGACAAUGAUUCUGAAGAAGAGAGGCUAGAUGAAUCGGAUGAUGACGGAUAUAAUGGGUACGAUAGAUAUGAUGAAUAUGGUGGAUGUGAUAGAGGCUAUUAUUAUCGUGAUGGAAGAUACGAAAGAAAAAGCUCACCAAUAAUGAGUCCUAUUAUCUCACCAGUAAACGCCUAG